UAUAAUAUAAUGAGUUAUAUUAGAACUUUGUUUAUAAUAUAAACAAAAUUAUUUGGUGAAAUGGACUUUCAUAUUUGAGCCACUAUUCCAUGAUUCCAUCACAUCUUCUUACCUUUUAAGAGAAAUGGGGGUCACAUUUUUUUGCAAAAGCUGUACCUUGCUGCUUUCAAUUCUUAUUUUGCUUUGUAGUUUUCUCUUGAAUUGUGUCAUGGCUAGUGUUUAUGCUGUUGGUGAUGAAGAUGAAUGGAGUAGCCAGACAAAUUAUGCUACAUGGGCAGAGACAUACAAUUUUAGCCUUGGCGAUGUUCUUGUUUUCAAGUAUGUGAAGGGUCAACAUAAUGUGUAUGAAGUGAAAGAGGAAACUUUUCGAUCAUGCAAUGGAAGUAGUGGAGUUUUGGCUAAGUAUGAAAGUGGAGAAGAUCAAGUGGUUCUCAAUAAGGUAAAGAGAUAUUGGUUCAUUUGUAAUAUAGCAGGGCAUUGCCUUGGAGGAAUGAGGUUUGGAAUUGAAGUCAAAGAAGAUUAUAGCAACAAUAAUGUUACUAAUUCUAUGGAUGGUGUAUUAAAUCCACAAAUUCAACCAACUUCAUUGGAAAAUUCUUGUACUAGUUAUAAUAUCUAUCAAAGAUGGAGAGUGAUUGGGAAGUUCAUUCCUUUUGGAGCUGGAUUAUCAUUGUUCAAUUUGUAUUUUUGAUUAAGACUUUGGAUAGGUUGGUACGUCGACUUUAUUAUUUUAAUUAUUUCUCUACAUAGUAAUUUCAUAUCAUAUGUUUGCUUUUUAAUAAUAGGCAAUUUUUUUAUUUU